AUGUCGGAAGGAGCUAUUGAACAGGUGACCAACUAUAUUGGCAAUUUGGAAAGCGAGGUAGAGCUUUGGAAAAUCAAAUGUUUGGAUGCACAAGAAAAACUCAAGGACCAGCAAAAGGACCAAAAUGAGCUGAUCUUGUCGGCUAAGAAAGAAUUAUUACAGCACUGCCUGUCAAUUAGGGAUGCCAUUGAAGCAGUUGAAAAAAGCACAGCAAGGCACCCCGAUUCAAUCGUGAAUAUGAUCAAAGAGGAAACGAUACAAACAUUGGACUUGAAGGACUUGAGACAAUUGUCGCAAAUACUAUCAGUGAAGCUGGGGCUACGGGCAUCGCUCCUAAAUGUAAAGAGUGGUAUAUGCUGUAACAACUAUCAAGAUUCAAUAUGUUCGGAAAGAAGUCAAAAAAUUACAUCGCCUAGUACCGAUAGAUCGGAAGCUACGUGUAGGGGGCCAAUUGAAAGGAUUAAGAGAUUCGUAGAGGACGUCUGUUGUGGAUUCAGUCAAUACAACUUCGCAAAUGAAUCGGCAGAAAAGGACGCGUUAUCCCCUUCAAAUAAGGAGUACACAGAAAGGGGCCACUGCCACAGGGCACCUACGCAACAAGAAGCCAAUAACAUGUAUCUCGACGAACACCCCGUAAAUACUAAUGAAUCCACACAGAUAAAUCGCACUGAAUUAACAAACACGAACGCCAUGUUUUCCAACCUCUCAAACCAACUACUGGUCAAAUCAAACUCUAAUGACGCAAUGCCAAUUAGUAAAUCCAACAGUAAUGAAGUUAAUACUAAAGAUGUAAUGGUAUUCAGCAGACGGGUGUCUACCGGAAGGGACAAAUCGGCUAGAAUUGCCCAGCCUCCCCCAGUGCCUUUGCUAGAUUUUAGCAAGUUAUAUUAA